UUGGAAGUCAUUUACCCUCCUCACAAACAAAAAAAAAUCUAGAGGCAAUGAUGCAAUCCAAAAUCUCAACUUUCUCUCGACCAAGCUUGAGCUUCCAUGAAACAAAAGUAGUUCAUCAUCCUCGUAUCUCUAUGGCUUUAUGCUCCUCAACAUCAUCCACGUUUCAUCACCUUCUCUGCAAGUCCACCUUCCCUCUCGCUGCCUCACUCACCCUUCUCCUCUCUCCCUGUACCGCUGAAGCAGGCUUAAUGUCAGGAAGUCCCGGCAUAGAAUCAAUUCCGGGUCCCGAGUUACCAAAGCUCGAAUUCCUUGACCGCUUCAAUGCAAAAAACCAGAAGUUCUACGCUGAAAAUGAUUCCAGAUUCAAAGAAUCUCCAAUUCUCAAGAAGUUGCUCGAGAAUUCCAAACUAAACAAAGAAAAGAAUGAAAGAGCGAUUCAAGACAAAUAUUGUCUAAGAGGAGCAGAAUGGGGAGUUGGAGAUUGUUCAACCAAUGGAAUGACAGAUGAGGAGAAAGAAAAAUUCAUCACAAUGUUGAAAGAGAAGACUGGUGUUAAAUAAAAAACUUCCAAAGUCACAUUAUGUAUUUUUGUAUGAAUGCUUUAGAGAAUAUGAGAAUCAUCUAUGCUAAUGUUUUUAAAUUUAUCAAA